AUGACAGCCAGACUUAGGACAGAUUGUAUGAGGUUUCAGCUAAGCGAAUAUCUGUCCUCCCAGCUCCAAGUCAUAUGGGAGCAUAAGGUCUGGCAAUCAUUCGACUGUUCCAGCGGAUUAUGGCCUAUGGUACCGAGAGGUAAAAAAAUCGGCGAAGCCGUGGACGAGGCUUCUGUACGCCUCGAGCAUCCCCUGCUGCAGGAGGAAAUUAUUCCAGCCAAUGCAUCGCAAUCUGAAGAUGUUGACAGUGAGCAAGAUGAGGAGGAACCCUAUAGUGAUGAAGAAGACGAACAUACAGAUUCGGUGUUCAGUUACGACCAGCUCGACCGUGAAAACUCAGAGUUUACAGACGACCAAGUCGAAGCCGAUGGGGGCCACCAUGGCAAUUAUUCAAUGAUACAAGAUGAGUCCAACAAGGCUACAUUCAUGGAGUUUCUUGAACUUUUACACCAGUUAUGUUUCACCAUUAGCACUGAGCGUUCCAUCGAAGGUCGACCGAGCUCUACACUACUUGUAUUCUUCAGUGGAAUAUUUGGCUUCUCCCAAGAUUGCAAGCAUUUCUUACGCGCGAGGCAGUUUUGUCCAUAUCUCUCGGGUCUCAUCUAUAUUCAACGUCGGAUACUGAUGGAACGCGCCUUGCCGUUACGAGAGUACCGUGCUAUUGGGAUUCCACAACGUUCAUAUGUGAACCAGCUGGAUCAGUCGAAUUCAAUUCGAGAAAGGUACAUGAUAGCAGGCACACAGUACCCACUCGCUGAAAUGACUAGUCUCAGAGACUUUGGUCGCAAUAUCGCCCGUACCGAGCACCAUCCAUCUUGUUCUACGGGGAUGACUGCCGCCUAUAAGGUUAACCUUUAG